AUGAAUCCCAUCACCAAUAGAGGGGACGAGGCAGGUGCUACCAAAGACAACCCUCGUCAGUCUCUAGAGUACAAUGAAGAGCAAGAGGUCAUUGCCAACGAGGAGGGAUGCGAUCUUUACCAGCAACUUGACUGGAUGGAGAGUGAAUUGCAAGGUUUGAAAAAAAGGCAUGCAUUGCUCAAGAAAGACCUGGAGAUCCGAAACAAAGACCUGGAGAUCCAAAAAAAAGACCUGGAGAUCCAAAAGGCCCAGAUUGCAUUGCUCAAAAACAAAAACCAGGAGAUCCAACUGAUCCAGAACCUCAUCGAUCGCCAUCACCUCGAUCGCCGUCAAGAAGCAAUUCGCAUUUGGAUGCGAGAUGCCUGGCAGGAAGCAACCCCUGAACGUAUCAAAAAGGAGGUUGUCUAUGACGGCAACAUCUCGACCGAUGCUGUCGUCGUCACUACCAGGUUUGCAGCAGACAGCCCAGCAAGGACACAAUUCUCCAAUCUGUACGGACUGGAUCCAGACACUGCCAUUGCGCUUUCCAGCCCUAAUAAAUGUCCGAAGUCUUUAUGGGUAUUGGAUUCGAUGGCAUCCUUUCUCCUCACGAAAGCCCGGAAAGAGCUUCCAGAUGAUAAAAAGAAGAACCGGGAUACGUUGGUUGCUUUUCUGAAAGCACAGAAUUUUGAAGAGGCAGAAAGAUUCGCCGGGCUUAUUGAGCAUGACGAAUGCGGAUGCAGAGCUUUUAUUAGAGAAUGA